AUGGUGGGGCGGCUGAGCCUGCGGGACGUGCCCGAGCUGCCCGACGCCAGGACGCGCGGCGAGGCCGUGCUGGACAGCCCCGACUCCGGGCUGCCCCCCAGCCCCGGGCCGGGCCACGGGCCGUGGCUGCUGCCCGCGGGCAGCCCCGAGCGCCGCUCGCCCGGCGCCCUCGCCGAGCCCCCCGCGGUGAGUAGCGCCCGCCGGGCCGCCCCGCGCCCCUCGUCGCUCGCUCCCAGCCCGCUGCUCUCCGGCUGCGCCCCCAGGCUCUGUCCCCUCUCCUUCGGCGAAGGCGUCGAGCUCGACCCGCUGCCACCCAAGGAAAUCAGGUACACGUCCUCGGUGACGUACGCCUCGGAGAAGCACUUCAUCGACGACGUCUACCUGCCCGUGGGCCUGAGCGUCUCCUCGUGCAGCCAGACGGUCGUGUGCGUGCCCGACUGCACGUGGCGCAGCUACAAAGCGGAGCUGCGCUUCGAGCCGCGCCACCGGGCCCGCCGCUUCGCCAGCACCACCAUCGUGUACCCCAAGCACGCCAAGACUGUCUACACCACCACGCUGGAUUACGACGGGCGCAAAGCCCUGCGGCGCUUCCUCGCCAGCGUGGAGCUGGAGCCGCCCGAGGCGCCGGGCGGCUGCUGACGCCCCAGCCCUCCGCCCCGGCGAGGGGACCCCCGUUGUCACCACCUCUUCCUCCUCUUCCUCGGCACUUCAUCCCUGCUUUAAGCAGGGCCUGAGACCUGCCCUCUGCGGGAGCACCCCUUAGUAAUGAGCUGGUUUUGUCACCUUAAGCGUGGGUUUAGUGCCCUCCCUCGCGGUAUAGCAAUCGGGUGAAAAUCAGGGAAAAUUUUAUUAUUUUAUUUUAUUUUUUUUUCCCAGAGAAAAAGUUAACUGCUACUCACAGGUAAGAGAAUCAGGAAUAGGGACUACAGUUGAUGCUUGGUAUCGCUGUGCAAAAACAAGGGCACUUCACUCUCUUGCAGAAAAUCUACCRGGUCAUUUGUUUACAUAUAAAUAGAGCUGUCAUUUAUGUCCAUUGAAACCAUGGGGCUGUUUCCUCCAACAGAGCAAUCUCCAGAAAUUUGCUGGAAAAAGCUAGCCCAGAGAAAACUCAGAACUCUGCGUUUAGCAGCGCUGUCCUGUUGCAUUCAUGCCUGGCUUGGAGGUGUGAGUGGGAAGCAGGAAUUCGGAGCAGGGCGGGAGGCAGUGGCUGCUGCAGCUCCGGGUGGCCGGGCAGGGAUUGGGUUAUUCCCAUUAUUUGGGAGAACAGAGYGGUGCAGCUCCAGUUCCUGUACUGAUUUGUACCACCCUGUUGUCUCGGAGUAAUGCACCAACAUUUGUGUGCGGGAGCUGCAGCUCCAAUGAGGAUUAUGAGGGUCCAGGGUGUCCCCGCGCCGCUGCAAAGCGCAGCCUUGCCAGCUCCGCGUUGCAGACAUCCACGGGCAGCGUCUCCCCAGGAACUAGGGAAGCUUCAGCGGAUCCACAGCGUGGRCCGUGUCGGGCCACGAGUGGGGCAGGAAAGGCCGGGAUCAGAUCUGAGAGCUGUGAAUCAUUCCC